AUUUUAACACCGUUAUUCCCCUCUCCAUCCCAAGGAGAAAAUUUCAUCGAUACACGCAGUAAAACUCUGAGCCGUGGCACUGAUAGAGGAAUGGCUUAUGCCAAGUUUAAGACUCACAAGUUUUCUUAUCUCAACAUCACAAGCAUUGGUUCAGACUAUGUUCUGAAAGGUAGCGAGUGUGGGCUCGCCUGUGUCAACAUUCCGUCAUGUUUCUCUUUCAACUUGGGCGCGUUUCGCGAUGUAAUUGGUAAAGUGAUCUGUGAAUUGCUUCCGUCGGAUAUUUACAACAACUCAGAGAAGUUUGUCCUCAGUCAGAGUCAUCAUCAUUAUAGUAUCACGGUAAGUGGAAACUCGUUAUUCUCACAUAAUUUAUCAAAGAAUUGAAUUUUUUUUUUGGGGGGGGGGGGCGGGUGCAAUUCAUUGUUGGAUUUGGCAUCGUAGACAACAUUAGGGACUGGUCAAUAUCAUCGCUGAAAGAGGGGGAUAAGAGGGAGGGGGGAGGGGGGGCUGGAAGAGUGCAAUUGCAAUUUUCCUGCAUCAUGAGAGCAUGCACUUCAAACCAUUCAGACAAAUUAACAUCGCCUCCUAAGAAAGGCAUAAUUCUGUACCAAAAAAUCAUUUCUGUGUCUUAACCUUUUAAAGGCUAAAUUUAUUUUGGAAUUUAAUAAAAUCAUAUAAUUACCAUAGAGUGAACGUAAAUAGCCAUGUCAUGUUCAGCCCUUAAAAGUGAUGAAACUCCAUUCAAGCGCCCAGACAUAUUGCCCGCACCAUCAUAACACUGGCCACGACAGUCAUCCAUAGAUAGUCCUAACUCAACUACAGCACCAAUUAUUAAAUCUUUGAUAGCUGCUCCUGUUGUUACAUCCUUACAAAAGUAGAAUCCCACAAACUCUUCCCUAACUGUUUUGGUCGAGUCGAGAAAUCUGAUCACCACUGAAGGAUUUUCUUUAUUUGAUAUGUCAGCUGUUUCAUCAGACAUAAAAGAAAAAUGUUUGCUAUUCCUAAUUUCCUGUGACAAAUUAUUCAGUAUGCCACCCACGGUUGUAAUCAUCUCGUUUUGAAUGGAUCUAGAAAUAUAUGUCGCAUUUCAGAAUGCAGUUUCCAGAUGAUGUUGCAGUUUUUGGUCGCCGCUGUCAAUUCGAAAUUUUAACAAUCCUGUCUUCCUCCGUAGCAAGUUAAUGAACUCUAGUAGGAACAAGAACAAACGAAGGGACUCUAGGGGAGAGGCUUUGCGAUUAUUAGUGGUUCUCACGGUAGUUUGCAGCCUGGAUAGCCAAUCACAACCGAGUUUGAGUUGCUCGCCAUACGGAUGUGAGUGUUUCCGGCCAAUCAAAGAGGGUUUUGAGUGGUUUGUGAAAAGAUCCAUACCGAGUCCCACUCACUGCGUGCAAAUUUUCUCCAGUUGUGCCUACGAGUUUCUCUCCUAUUUCUAUAAGGUUUCAUAAAAGUCUUAGCGAAGGUUCUGACACUUUGAGCGAAUUUCAUAUGAAUAAUAUUUUCCAUAGUGCACUUUGACUACCAUAUAAAUCGGAGGUACUAAAAAGUGCAUAAAAAUCUUGUUUUAUCAAUUGCAAUUCAUUAAUUUUCAACUGAAAACUUUGGCCAAACCAUUAUCCUCCUGAAACACUUGCGAUAGAAUGUCUGUUUGUGUCUUCAUGUUAUUUCACAGUCUCCGUGUAUCAGUUGGCCAUGUCGGAACAAUGGGACAUGCGCGGCACAGUACGAAGACAACAGCUACGUCUGCAUUUGCGAAAAAGGCUUCAAAGGAAAUGAUUGCGAAUUUGGUAAGACACUG